AUGAUAGUCACCAAAAUUGCAAUUUUCCUCUUCUUCUUCCUCUUCUCCUUCCUAAGGUGCCUAAGCACCAACACACAGAGCAAAAACAUAAUCAUCCUGAACGACGAAAUAACAACCAUCAAAAGUCCCAUACACUGCAUCACGGACAUUUAUUUCCUCUUCCGAAAUGAACUAUACAAAACUUGCAUACAGCACGUCAUCAAGGGGAGAACAGAAAUCCAUGUCCUCGUGCAGAAGAAAAUCAACAGCACUUGGGAAACACAAACGACGCUCUUUAAAGAUCAUAUGUGGUUCGAACUCCCAUCCGUUUUUAAUUUCAUUCAUAACGACGAAAUUAUUAUUGUAAUUUGCAGAUAUAAACAAAGGUCAAAAAGGGAAGGAACCAUCUGUAAGCGGUGGAACAGCGUCACGGGGACCAUUUACCAAAAGGAGGACGUUCAAAUAGAUAAAGAAGCUUUUGCCAACAAAAAUUUGGAGUCAUACCAGUCAGUUCCCCUAACAGUUAAAAACAAAAAAUUUUUACUCAUUUGCGGAAUACUUUCCUACGAAUAUAAAACUGCGAACAAGGAUAAUUUCAUUUCUUGCGUGGCCAGUGAAGACAAGGGAAGAACAUGGGGAACCAAAAUCCUGAUAAACUACGAAGAGCUCCAGAAAGGAGUCCCCUACUUCUACCUGCGGCCCAUCAUUUUUGGCGACGAAUUCGGGUUCUACUUCUACUCCCGAAUAAGCACCAACAACACGGCCCGGGGGGGCAACUACAUGACGUGCACCCUUGACGUGACGAACGAAGGUAAGAAAGAAUAUAAAUUCAAAUGCAAACACGUCAGUCUCAUUAAACCGGACAAGUCCCUCCAAAACGUCACUAAGCUAAACGGAUACUACAUAACCAGCUACGUCAAAAAGGACAAUUUCAAUGAGUGCUACCUCUACUACACAGAGCAAAACGCCAUCGUGGUGAAACCAAAGGUGCAAAAUGAUGACCUUAACGGGUGCUACGGAGGCUCCUUUGUAAAACUGGAUGAGUCCAAGGCGCUCUUCAUCUAUUCCACUGGCUACGGCGUUCAGAACAUACACACGCUUUACUAUACGAGGUACGACUGA